AUGGGAACCGACACUCUAGGCAUCGAGCCCCCUCCAUCCUACGAAGCCGCAACUGGGCAAGCUCCACACGAGCUCGUGGAACCAGCCAGCCUGGUAUUGCAUGGCACGGAUAUCGUCGUUGAAAACACAGGAGAAGAUACACCGCUUUAUCAGCUCAGUCGCAACAUAAAGGCGCUGCCGCCAAAGAACAAUUCAUCGUCAAUCCACUUGCAUCGCGUUGAGCGGGGUGCAUCCGAGAAAACAAAUGGUCAGCUUGUCACGACUCACUUAUUCCAUCUUGUGCACCCCGUCAACGCGGAUUUCCGAAAUGAUCUGCCACCGUACUACGUUACAGCUACCUCCUUCGAGGCCCUUGGCAACAUUAUCCUCGAGGCGAACAAGCAUACGCUCCAGAGAACCGAGUUUCGUGCAAAGUUGAGCCGGGACACAAAUUCUGGGACUAAGCCGCUGUUUCAUGCCAAGGACAAGCAACAACUCGUUUUUUGUUCAAAGAACAGCCGGAAGGGUGAGCAGAAAUGGCUUGACCAGCAUGGCAAACUACUGGCCACUGAAUGUCAUAACGACCAACUUCCUACGUUGAAAAUGGAGACCCCCGUGCCCAGAAACACACGGGAUGCGCUGGUUGCUAUGUGGUGCAUGAUGCUGUGGUACGAACUGGCCGAGAGCAGAGGGGCCAAGAGAGAGCGCAAGUGUAGCCCAACUCUUAAUGUCGCCAAGAUGUCUAGCUAA